GGCUUUGUUCCGGUCACGUGAUUGUGCUUUGACUCACUGGAACCCUGCAGGUGACGUGGAAUAUGGGGACAAAAACGAUAAAUCCUGCGUAUUAAGACGGUAUCAAAUCUAUUCUAGCUACAGUCGAAUCGGCUAAUGAUUUUUUAAGCCUCAGUUAAUAAAAAGGCACUAUUAAAUACAAUCCGGGCUGACGAAACAAUUGUUUUUGUGCCUGCUUGCUCGAAGCAAGCUUGAUUGUUAAAGUUGCCAGAAGGAGUCAGGAUUGGUGUAAAUUACCGAAGGAUUACCUAGCAGCCAGAUAGUAUUCUUAUGAGAACUCCCUAGGAAUCCUGUAAUCUCCAGUCAUGGCUAGUCCACAUGAAUUAACGUUUCAGGAGUUUGAGGAAGCCGCCGAUCUGCUGUCUUCAAAUCCUGGAGCCUCAACCCUCAGCAUCUCCAGCCCCGGCGCAGCAGCCCCCUCAGAUGUCAAAGUUGAUCUGUCGGAAGAUGAAGACGAUCAGCAAGAGAGUUCAGAGUUGCUUGGAGGUGAAAAACAAACUGGUGGUUUUUGGACGUUUGAAUACUAUCAGUCAUUCUUCAACGUAGAUACAAUGCAGGUGCUGGAUAGGAUAAAGGGCUCAGUCAUACCUUUGCCAGGACGGAAUUUCGUCAAACACCACAUUCGAAAUAACCCUGAUCUCUAUGGUCCUUUCUGGAUCUGUGUGACUCUAGUGUUCUCAGUGGCCAUCAGUGGAGACCUCUACACAUUUCUGUUCAAUAUGGGAGACCCAGGGCAUCACUACAGACCUCAAUUCAACAGAGUCUCGAUUGCAGCCGUCACUGUGUUCCUCUAUGCAUGGCUGGUGCCUCUAGGAGUUUGGGGCUUCCUAAUGUGGCGUCAAAGUGUUGAGAGUCACAUCAGCAGUUACACGUUUUUAGAGACUGUGUGUGUCUACGGUUACUCUCUGUUCAUUUAUAUCCCUACCUCGAUUUUAUGGACAAUUUCCGUUUACUGGCUCGAGUGGCUAUUGAUUGUCAUUGCCAUGGUGAUCUCUGGCUCAGUGUUGGUAAUGGCAUUCUGGCCGGCUAUCCGCGAUGACACAAAACUAACGGCAUUUGCUACCAUGGCGGUAAUAGUGUCACUUCAUGCCCUUCUGGCUGUUGGCUUUAAGCUCUACUUCUUCCAAACGCCAACACACACAGGAUCAUCGCACUCCGGACAACAGACUACCCCAGCCGCAAAUCAUACAACACUUACCGUGGGAAAGCAUCAAUGACCAACUGAAUGGGAACCUAGGAGUCUUUAUAUUCAAGGGACAUGGAAAAUGUGUAAUAUGAUAAACGAGCAACAGAGGAGUUCAGAUUAGUGUGCUGAUUGAUGCACACAAGCAUUCCCAGCAAACACAUUGAAAGUGUUUCCAGUUUGUAACUAACUCAGCAGAUAAGUAACCUCCCUCAGAUCACAAGUAAAAUCACAAUGAUUUACUGAUGACUUUAGUUUGUACUAUUUUUCUUUAAUACGUAAAGUGACCUACUUAUUAUUUUCCUCAAGUGUCAUGGUCACUUAUGUCCAUCUAUUACCUAUAAUUUAAGAGGUUUUGCCCAUUUUUGUUUCUUUCAGUCAAAAUAGAGUAAUUUAUAAGGGUGGUCUUGUAUUACUGUGAACUGCUUUGAGGUUUGCCUCAUAACCCCUGACUGCUUUCUUUCCUUUUAGGCUACUUUCUCUCGUUAUUCUGUAAUUUGAGAGGAAGUACCUGUAUUAAGUAUUUAAUGUUGCUUUCCUGGACAGCUCGACACUGUGGAUUAAAAUCAUUCUUGUCAGGGUCA